AUGCGGAUGCCGAUAUUAAAAAUCAAAAUCCGAGAUGUUAUCAAUUGUUGUGAUCGUAGUGUUACUGUGAUAAAACGCCCAUACAGUAUUGAGGCCAUCUCUGUAUCCUCAAAUGCUACCAAUGACUCUUUUGCUGCCUACGAGUUCGAUUUUUCCACCUUUUAUUACCCAAGCGUUAAAUUCGCCGCGUUUAAAUCUCAGAAUUAUUCCGCCGCGGCAGUUGCUUUUAGAGUCGAUGUUCUUGGGUUGAUCGAAUAUAAUGAUAGCAUAUCUUUUGCGGACAGCGAGAGUUUCAUUGAUUUUUAUGGUAAAUGGAGUGAUAUCUCAGUGACGAAUUCGAGCGGUGUUAUUGUCCUGGAGACUACAUUUGUAGAAGAUUUUUCAGAAUCAAAGAACGAAAAUGGUCCUUUCAAUGCUUCGAUAUCGGCCUACAUCACUGGAAAUGUUACCAAAACCAAAGAUGGAAUCAUACUCAGUCCAUCUUCCAUAAAAUAUUCCUUUGACUUCCAAAAUUACCCUUACGUCUAUUCUAAUUCAAGUAUUGCAAUCAUUCAGGCAGUUUUUGCCGAGUCCAUCAACUUCAAUAACUCGCAAUACUUUGUUAAGGACAACAGCACAAAUACCAUGGCCCAGUAUAAAUGGGAUUCGACAGUUUUGGCGGAUGGCAAGAAAGCGAAUUUGACCGUGGAAAGGGAGGUUUUGUUGGAAGCCAAGGGAAAUUUCACUGUGGACAACUCGGGAAAUGGAACGGACGCACUUAUUGUCGAACUUGUAGCCUUCGACAUUCAAGCCAUUCAACCGAAAAGUGUAUUUUGGGACCCAACACUUGGCGUCUCCACUCCAACAGAUAAUCUGGGAACAACUACAGAUAAUACAACGGCUAGCGCGUCCGCGUCAUUGCCGACUGCGACUGCGACUGCGACCGCGACCAUUAAGUCGAACGCUGCGAGAACAGUGUUACACG